GCAGGAGUGAAGAUCGACGAAGAGGAAACCCUUGAUCUGCUGAGGCGUGCGAGAGUGGGACGCCGACGGGUCGUCCGUUCAAGGUCCGUCAUCACAUUGCCAAUGUCCGUCAGGCGCCAAGUCAGCAGUCCGUGCAGCCCUCCUGCGCCUCCCAUGCAUCCGGGAAGUCGACACCACGCAGCGGGUCGUGCUAUCGCCAGGAUGGCGCGACAUCCGCAAACUUGGCACCGGGAGAGGACGAAUUGUGGGCGCCUUCGUGCAGUGCGGGAACCUCCCCCAUCAAUUGAGCGGUGGGAUGACGUGUCGCGUGAGUACGGCUUCCCGAACGCACAGUGGCGUCCAUCUUCCCUCCGUCCCGUGAGCACUACGCCCGAAAUCCUCCAUUCCCGCUCGUUCAGUCUCUGCGCGCCCUCCCUGUCAGCCCAAAAUCCAAGACACCCGAUCCAUACCCCGCUUCCCCGCGCACAACACUCGUCUCACCCCGCGCGAUCACCUACGUCCCCCUCGGCGCCCCGCACAUUACAAUUAUCUCUCCCCGCGCAAUCAGCCCCCGCCCUCCCGGCCUAUCCAUAUCCCUCGACGGCACACUUCGGCUGGCAACGCGAAGAGGAGGUGCUGAUGACCACCGUGGCGCAGGUCAGCGGAGGGAGGCGCAAUGGACGCUGCGUCUAGCGUCCUCGCUUGAGCAGAGGGGAGCGGCCUGUGCUGCGGUCGCACCAAUCGCGUACAAUGGUGCUGAAUUCAGGGACACGGCGUCCCGAAGGCGGACGGGAGGGCGUUGGAACCUGAUUUCAAUGUUCGAGGUUUGCACUAGCAGCAGACGCGUGACCGUGAGCAGGUCAGGCGCGGAACCGGAAUUAUCUGACGUACGCACCCUUGACUUCAACUUACCGGACUGGGUGCUCAGUCUCUCAGCCAUA